UUCACUGUCACGUUGACAGUGGAAGGAUUAAGAGUUUAUGGGUGUGUGUAUUUGAGAGGACCUGUUUUCCCUCUAACAUUGAAACUGAAGGGCCCUUGGGACGUUUGUGUUAGGGAGCAGUUUGGAUCCGCCUGUAACAACCCCUCUGCUAAGAAAUCCCUGCUAAGAGCAGCUGCUGCAAUCCACACAAUUGUCUCAGGGGAUGGUCUCCAUGAGCUGGUUGAGACUAAUCAAACUAUUCGGACCAGAAAGAAGAUAGCAGGCAUCUGUAUGACUAAUCAGGAAGUGUAACAAUCUAGUCAAGAAACCAAAACACCAAACGAUCAAGAGAAUGGCAGAAAAUGGAGACCAGGAUCCUCACCGGCCCUACCCGGCCCAAGAAUUGAUGAGAAGAGAGGAGGAGAGGACUCCCCAGGUCCAAGAAGGUGAAAAUGUAUUGAGGACCCACCAAGAAAAGAUGAUUGAAGAUUCUGGUUCUGUCCAAUUGAAAACCUCCCCAGAAAUAGAAACACUAGGUCCCCAAGAGACAAACAAUGUGUCUGGAAACCCCUCUGCAGUAAAUGAAGAGGAUUCCUCAGAGGGAAUUUCUGAUGGAAUUUCUCUGAAAACAAACACUGAGGAAUCUCCAGGCCUUCUGAACCUUAACACAAUGAGUUUACCAGACUAUUCCCUGGACAAAGACAUGGUAUCUUCCUUAGGUGAAAGGAAAACACAUUCAGUGCCAGUUGCUCUGGAGGAGAAAAUCAUAGGGGAACCCCCAACAGAAGAGGAGAACAGUGUGCCCACCCCCAGAGGAGAGCCACAAGAUGCCAUAAUCCAGGAAACCACACUUCCAUCUGCAGACUUCCUGGAACCAACGAAAGAGAGUAUCUCAAACAAGGAGGGAGAGAGACCCCAAGACACAGCAAGGAAGAGACACUCGACUGAAGCGAGGAAGUCAGAGGCUGAAGCCCAUCCACAAGAGACAGGGAAGAGGCAGGAAGCAACGCCACAGAAGGAGAAGUCCUUUUUAGGCAAUGGUUUUGCAACUUGGCUGGGAGGCCUGGUAGUUGUGGUUUGUAUCAGCAUAUAUUGCAAUGGCUACUAUACUUCCCAGCCACACCAUGUGCCAGAAAAUCCAGCCUUGGAGGCCUUCUUAUCUGGGUUUAACCAGCUGAAGGACAGCUUUCCGGGCCAGAGCUCUUACCUGUGGGUUAGAGGGCGAAAAUUAUUGCAGAGGCAUCUCAACACUUCCAGUCAUAGCGAGCCAGCUAUUUUAAUCUUUACUGCUGCCCGUGAAGGUGAAGAAACCUUAAAGUGCCUGAGCAACCGUAUUGCAGAUGCCUACUCCACCUCACUCUGUGCCAGUACAAUCCAGGUUGAUGGGGCUGGUAAAGCCACACUCAACAGCGACAAAGCUAAACUGGAGGUAGAUUAUGAGCUGAGCACCGGCUUUGAGGAGGGCAAGAGGGCCGCAGUGGUGCACCGGUUCGAGUCGCUACCUGCUGGCUCCACCUUGAUCUUCUACAAGUACUGCGACCAUGAGAGCGCAGCCUUCAAAGACGUGGCACUGCUCUUAACGGUCCUGCUGGAGGAAGAGAAACUGGAGGCUAAUAUAGACCUACAGCAAGUCGAGGAGAGAGUCCGUGAUUUCCUCUGGGCCAAAUUCACCAAUGUCAACACUCCCAGCUCCUACAACCACAUGGACACCGACAAGUUGAGUGGAUUGUGGAGCCGCAUCUCCCACUUGGUCCUGCCCAUCCAUCCAGUAAAAGCCAUAGAGAACAAUGGCUGUUCUUUCCAAACCAAACCAUAGUGAUGAAUGAAAUCAGCUUCCAGGACAGCCAAAGCCUUUGUGUAGAGGAGGCAAGUUAUUACUAAGCCAGGGAUCUGGAGCCAUUAACGAACAAUGAGCUCACUUUAUAAUAGCAUGACACUGUCACAUCUAUUUUUACCUCUUGGCAAGAUUUUAUAAUUUUCAAAGUGAGACCCAAUGGCGCAGGCGUAACUGGCUAAGCCAGGGGUAGGCAACCUAUGACGCAUGCCAAAGGCAGCACAUGAGCUGAUUUUC